GCCCGCCCUCGGCGUAUGGCGUUUCUGGCGCGAGGGCGCCCGCCCGCGGGGGGGCCGCGAUGGCCUCGUCGUCCAGCAGCAAGUCGAAAUACCCCUCCAGCGUCGGCGGCGGGAGGUACCAGACCACCAAGAAGCUCGGCGCCGGAUGCUUCGGGGAGGUCUACCGCGCGGUGAAUGCGUCGACCAAGGAGCAGGUCGCCGUCAAGUUCGAGGACCUGGCCGCCGACUGCCCCCAGCUGGAGCAGGAGGCCGCCAUGCUGGAGUCCCUGCGGUGGCCCGCGCGGCAGCAGGGCUUUGCCGAGUACUUCCACUCCGGCAGGGAGGGCUCCGCCUUCUGCCUGGUGAUGGAGUUCCUCGGCAAGAGCCUGGAGGACCGUGUGGAGCUGUGCGGCGGACGCCUGACGCCGAAGACCACGGCGCUCGUCGCGGAACAAGCGUUGCAGCGGAUCGAGUACCUCCACUCCAAGGGAAUCAUACACAGAGACAUCACCCGAGAAGCAGGCCGCCUGCGGCAGGCCCCGCCGCCGCGCCCCGUGCAGCACCGAGGCGCACAUGCGGGGUCGUUCUAAGGCGGAGCCGGCCGGGGGGCUGACGUGGCCCAGCAUUCUGGACGCCCGAUGGGUACGGAAAGAAUGGUC